CAGGGUGAGAGGAAGAUGAAGGUCGCUGUGCUCAGCGUGGCCCUGCUCUUCACCAUCCUGCUGAGCUCCCCAGCAGAUGCCUGGCCCCGAUGCCCCUUUAAGUUCUUGCCUUGGUUUUGUCGCCCUGAAAACGGCUCUGCUGCAGGACUGAAUUUUAUGGAGUGGAGUCACUCAAGUGAGUCAUAUGAAAGUUCAGAGUGGAGUCAGUCAAGCGAGUCUGAUGAAAGUUCAGGGUGGAGUUACUCAAGAGAGUCAUAUGAAAGUUCAGAGUGGAGUCACUCAAGCGAGUCUGAUGAAAGUCCAGAGUGGAGUCAGUCAAGCGAGUCAUAUGAAAGUUCAGAGUGGAGUCACUCAAGCGAGUCUGAUGAAAGUCUAGGGUGGAGUUACUCAAGCGAGUCAUAUGAAAGUUCAGAGUGGAGUCACUCAAGCGAGUCUGACGAAUUUCCAGCCCUCCGUGGCUGAUCAGGUGGAGCUUGUGCACAAGUGACCCUCCGCUGCCUCCCCAGGACUGGAACUGGUGGUUCCUUUCCCCUUCCAGCAGCAUAAGGAGAUGAUCAUCCCUGGAAGACCCCCCUACCUGAUCCCCUGGGUGCCCUGGGAAUUUUCCUGGAAAGAUCAAUAAACCCCUUCAGCAAAGCAA